CGCGAUAGCGAGAGAAGCGCUGUGUAGUAACGGGAGCGCGUGAGACGCUCCUUCCAGCCGACAUGUAAACAAACUGUGACGCGCUGUGCCAAAGCCCUCCCCGGGGAAGCCGAGAGGGACGUCACAACGUCAGCGCCAGUCACCGACGAAACAAGGGAGAGGCGUAUUGUCUCCAGGAGGCGAGCCGCCCAACAUGAGCAACGACGAGGCUGCAGCGCCCACGAAAACCGCGACGGAGGAUGACGGCAUGACCUGGUGGUACCGAUGGCUCUGCAAAAUUGCGGGGGUCCUCGGAGGAAUAUCAUGUGCCAUCUCGGGAGUAUGGAACUGUGUCACUGUGAAUCCCUUAAACAUUGCUGCUGGAGUGUGGAUGGUGUUGAAUGCCUUUGUGCUAUUCCUUUGUGAAGUCCCGUUCUGCUGCCAGUUCAUAGAGUUUGCCAAUGCAGUAGCAGCACGUGCAGACAAACUCAGGCCAUGGCAGAAAGCCUUCUUCUACUGUGGAAUGGCUCUGUUUCCUGUAUUUUUGAGCUUCUCCUUUACAACUCUAUUUGGCAAUGCCAUCGCCUUUGCGACAGGAGUCCUCUACGGCCUUGCCUCUCUGGGCAAAAAGGGAGAUGCUGUGACUUAUGCCCGACUGCAGCACCAGAAACAAGGGGACGAGGAGAAAAUGACAGGGACGACGGACGGGGUUACUGAGUGAAGAGGCGUCUGCUCUUCCACUCUCCACUUCCUCCCCUCUUUUCUCAGUUCUCAUCGAAUACCCCCCCCCUCCCAUGCUCUUCCAUCCUACCAGGUUCUCUCCUCUCCUUAUUUUCUCUUACCACACAGCAGUGUUGCUAAGUCUGCUGAAACUGCUGCGUCUUGUGUUUUCUGGGCUCAGUAUUCUCCAAACUGAUAGACGUAAGAGUCAGUCCAGCAUUUGGUACGUGAUUGCGUGAAAUGUAGUCUCUCAUUUCGAACUGACACUUUAGAUAGUCCAUUUUGUUACUUUUAAAAUUUGCAAAAGUUUUAUUUAAUAUUUGUUUUCUGUGUUUUUUGUUAAUUGCUGCUGUCGAUUGUGAUAAUUCCUUUUCAGUUAGUACAGUAGGGAUUCUGUCCCCUAAGCCUAUGAGUCUUUCAGGGAAUGUGAGAAUGAAUUAAUGUUGAUGUGAAAUGUUUACAUUUCACCAUCUAGUUAUCCAGUAUGAUAUACAGGCUGUGAUUCAGAGGUGGUUGUGUCAGGCGCAGAAACUCUUCUGAUGAGUCAAAGUAUAUGCGAGAAUUCAUUUUCAGAUUCAAACAUUGGUUGCCAAGUCAGCUGUCAGUUGCUGUAAAGCCCUUUGAGGCACAUUUUAAGAUUGACUUGACUGAUUUAAAAAUGGAUCCCAAUAGGCAUUUUUACACAGCGAUUCCAUAAUAAUGGAAUAAUGAAGACUUGUCUUUACGCCAGCUUUGUUUUUGUUUUUUUUACAAUGAAGUCAAGUGACUUUUAUUUGUAUAGACCAAUAUCACAAAUUACAAAUUUGCCUCAAGGGGCUUUAUGAAUGACCCAAAUAAAGGAGGCAUAGUCGUGCCCCAGUGUGAUUUUACAUUGUGUGCCAGCGUGCCUGAAUCAGAGGCGUCACACCGUGUAACACAACAGUGUCAGCUGUCCCGUCCUGCCAGCUGUCCCCGGUUCAGCUCAGCUUCAGUUCCCCCUCCUCGGGGGAGGGGGAACUGGGGGGAAUAGCGUGAUCCUCCCUUGUGCUAUGUCCCCCUGGUGAAACUCCUCACUGUCAGGUGAAAAGAAGCAGCUGGCGACUCCACGUGUACCAGAGGAAGCAUGUGGUAGUCUGCAGCCCUCCCCAGAUCAGCAGAGGGGGUGGAGCAGCAACCGGGACGGCUUGUAAAAUAGAGUAAUUGGCCAAGUACAACUGGGGAGAAAAAGGGCAAAAAAGCCAAAUAAAUAAAUAAAUAAAUAACAACCUAAAGUUAUAGCCUAAACGGUGUACAUUGUUAUGCAUUGUGUACACAUUGAUUUCAAUACAUUGCCAGAAUACCGGCCAUCUCAGGAGGACAUGAUUAUAUUUAUAGAACCCUACCAUAUGCAUGUAACCACUUAAAGAGGGAACCAGUACAAAUUAUUUAUUUAUUUAUUUUAUUACUUUUUUGAUCCCCGUGGGGAAAUUCUUCCUCUGCAUUUAACCCAUCCUAGCUGUGUAGCUAGGAGCAGUGGGCAGCCGCCGUGCAGCGCUCGGGGACCAACUCCAGUUCGUCUUGCCAUGCCUCGGUCAGGGGGACAGACAGGAGUACCAACCCUAACAUAUAUGUCUUUUUUGAUGGUGGGGGAAACCAGAGCACCCGGAGAAAACCCACCGCAGACACAGGGAGAACAUGUAAACUCCACACAGAAAGGACCUGGGAUGACCCCCCAAGUUUGGACAAUCCCGGGGUUCAAAUCUAGAACCUUUUUAUUUUUUAGGACACAUUUUAACUCUCGUGACUAAGUACCAGUGUUUGCAGUUAUGGAACUGAAUACCCGCUGUGCAGACUCAGCUCUGAAUUGCAGCCUGAAACGUGGGCAUUAGGGAUGUUUUUACCAUUGGGAAUGUAUUUGGUAUACCCAAAGAUAAGCAAAUUUAUUCUUUAUGUUUCCUAAUGCUUUAAUGGGUUUCAGUUGCUCGUUAAGCUUAAUUGCAUGCUCAGGUGAUUAGGUUCCACGCUCCGGACCUCUGACCAUGUGGGUCCUGAUACUGAGGGGAAUAUCAUUAAAAGCUUUUAAUGCAUGGGUGGGAAGACCUCAGCUUUUAUGAAACUUUAAACGGACACCUUGUUAUCAAGCAGCCAACACUCCGACUGUGACUGUUGGCUGUGUCACAAUACGUGAUGGAAAUGUGGAAUGUGAGCCCCUCCGCUACACUAUUUUGAAAAACAACUUUGUACCUUUCUAUUCUCGUUGGAGUUCGCUAUUACUUGAAUGUCUGCAGUUUGUUUUGUGUUUGUGAAGCUCCUAAGCAUGCUCUGCCCAAACCCGUUGACAUUAAUGAGGGAAAGUGUCUUGAUUCAGGGACUAGUCGGUGUGUAGCCCACACGGUCAUCGGAGCCAUGAUUUGCCUUUGUCACUCGGUCAUGGAUAGGAUCUAGGGUUGUCAGAAAUGUACAACUGUUUGUGUUGUUAUGUUGCCUUUGCCUCUGUUUGUUUCCUAAAAAGGGAUGCUUUGGGAAUACAUUUUGCACUUGCGUCUAACUGCAGUCUAUCAUCAGUCUGUAUUUUUUCACUACUUAUUAAGUCGGUUCAAUAUCCACAUUAUCACCAGGUCGUCAUUUACAUCGCACAGUAUACAGACACCAGUGACAACGCGGUUAGUUGAUGCAUACACAAUGGUAGAAGUCAUCUGAGCCAAACCACGAGCGUUAUGAAACAUUUUAACGGUGCACUUAAAGCCAGCAUUCAUAAUUUAAGUGAAAAAAACCCUACAUACACACCAGCAAUAUGCUUUGUUUUGACACUAAAUAAAAACAGUAUUAGAUAAGGCUAUCUCACAAUAAAAGGCAAGUUGAGCAUUUCCCCAUCCCACUGCUUUUCCAGGGACUGAGAUAAACCUUCUCCACUGGUACCCGUCACGUUGAUGUUCGUUGUUGCACAGUGACCCAUGUUCCUAUGAUUGGUUGGUCCUACAUCUGCAGGUGUUGAGUGUCUGUUCAGGUAUACCUGUUUUUGUUUUUGUUUUUUGUAAGGGAUAUGUGUAUAAUGUGUGUCGUGAUGUGAAUCCUGAUUGUGCUUUGGACUGGAGUAUUAAACAUACUACUACUACUACCACCCUGUCAUAUGAUUUUACAUUUGUUUUCUUUCGUUUGUUUGUUUUUGUCAUUGUCUGAUGAAAUAAAAUAU